UAAAUUCCCCACUUGUUGACAGAUGUGCGGUUAGGAAAAAAUAAUUGUUGAAAGAGGGCUGUCAAUAUUUUUGUUUAUCGUGAAGGAUAAAGUUUGACAAACAUUUCCGAUGUGACAUUAAGAAAUUUGUUGCUUGCCUUUUGCUAAUUUAAUUAGAAUGUACAUAGCUUAGAAUUGUUAUAUUUACACAAGAAUAUAACGUAUUUAUUUUCUUAUAAUUAACACGGCGUACUAAAAAGAGGAUAUAUAAUGGAUAAAAAAUGUUCUCCAGAAGAAAUUGAAAAGAAGCGUUUAUUAGCAUUACAAAGGAGACAGCAAUCUCAAUUGAAGGCCCAAAAUACAUCUGUAAGUAGUCCAGUUCAUCAACAAGCUCAAUUGAGAGUUCAAGAUACACCUACAAGUAGUCUGGCUCAUCAACAGACAAUAUUAAGUGACAGCAGUAAUGUUGUCCGACCAGUCAAAUUAAACAAUCGUUUCAAUCCUAUAUCAAGAAAUCCAGAACCGAGAAAUUCUUCCAGUUUUACAUUGUCUGUAACGGGGAAAUGUUACAUGAUCAGCGAGGAUAGAUUUGCCUUAGAAGUGCAAUUUGUACCUGCAAUUAUUGAAACAUUUAAAACUAUUCCAAGCAGAAAUUAUGAUCUAAAGACUAGAAUAUGGAAUUUUCACAUCAACGAUUAUAACAGUUUAUUACAAAAAUUGGCGCAGUCUAAGGAUUUUAAGAUAUCUGUGACAAAAAUACCGGAGGCUGUACUUCAAGUAUUUAAAAAAAAUUUAAAGUCAAACAGUCAAAUACUAGAAGAAGAAGAAGAUUUAUCAAAGAUUGACGAACAGUUAGUAGGUUCUUUAUUGCCGUUUCAACGAGUUGGCGUUUGUUAUGGUAUAUCGAAGCAUGGCCGUUGCAUAAUUGCGGAUGAUAUGGGUUUAGGGAAAACUAUACAAGCGUUAGGUAUAGCACAUUAUUUUAAGGAUAGUUGGCCGCUUCUAAUUGUAGUGCCUUCAAACGUCAAGUUCCAGUGGUCUUCGGCAAUUAAUGAAUUCUUACCAACCAUCCCUGCACAUUAUAUUCAUCAUUUUAAAAAUACGAGAGACUGUAUUGAUGAUGAUAAAAUCACCAUAAUAUCGUAUGAUUUAUUAGUGCGAGUCAUAGAUACAAUCGAGAAACAUAUUUAUGGCUUUGUUAUUUUGGACGAAUCUCAUGUUUUGAAGAGUAGACAAACGGCGAGAUUUCAAACUGUUCGACGAAUAUGUACCCAUGCGCGUCAUAUAGUUCUGCUCACUGGUACUCCAGCUUUGUCGAGACCAUCCGAAUUAUAUUCCCAGAUUUCCCUUAUUAUGCCACAUUUUCUGAGUUAUGAAGAUUAUGGUGAACGAUAUUGUGCAGGAGAGAGAUCUACGUAUACAGGAGAGUUCACGGGUUCUUCAAAUAUGCAAGAGUUACAAAUGUUACUGAAGGUCCAUUGCAUGAUUCGAAGAUUAAAAACUGAUGUUUUAAAACAGAUACCAUCUAAAAUAAGGCAGAUGAUUAUUUUAGAUUCAGGCUUGAUCAAGACUGGCACCAAGAGAAUGAACGAGAUGUCGAAGAAAAUGGAGAAACAUAUGGCGGCUUUAGAGAAGCAUUCUACUCUAAUUCAAUAUUAUAACGAAACUAGCGAUGUAAAACUGAAGGCAAUAUGCAAUUAUGUUGCGAAUUUAUUUGAAAGCAAGACAAAAUGCCUUUUGUAUGCUCAUCAUCAAAUCGUUAUGGAUGGCAUUUGCAAUCUUGCUGAAAGUAUGAAGAUACGAUAUAUAAGGAUUGACGGCAAAACUAAUCCAGAGCAGAGAAAAUUGCAGGUCGAUUUAUUUCAGGAACGGGAUGACUGUUUGGCGGCGAUUCUGUCAAUCACUGCCGCAAACGCGGGUGUUACAUUAACGGCCGCACAUCUCGUGGUUUUCACCGAAUUAUUUUGGAACCCUGGUAUUUUGCGUCAGGCGGAAGAUAGAGUACACAGAAUCGGGCAAAACAACAGCGUAACAAUCCAGUAUUUAGUGGCGAAAAACACCUCAGACGACUAUAUGUGGCCGUUGAUUCAGAAAAAGAUGUCUGUUCUGAAAGCGGGCGGUCUCGAUCAAGAUUUCUUGAUAGAUAGCAUCGAAGGCUCACAACAAAACAAGAAUAAACAACGAGACUUGACUUCUUUCCUAAAUAGUUCCUCAUCCUCCGAGAAAGGAUCUCAGCAAUCGCAACAUGAUGAGGAGCAAAAGAAUUCUGCAGUUCCAAAAGCGUCUGUCUCAAAUGAUAUCAAAGACUUGCUCGAUAUUGAUGAGGAGUGCUUUGACUCUUGCGAUUGGGAUGAGAUUUAGUGAUGCACUAUGUUUUCACGUUUGCAAUUUAGCGCUCUAUCGCUGUGUUUAAAGAAAAAUAUUUUUGUACGAAAGAAAAUUAAAAUUAAAAAAAUUCUAUGUUUAA